AUGGCUGCGCCACCGCAUUCCUCCUCGUCGCAGCUCUUUAGCGACGACUCAUCACUUUUAGAGGCAUUAGCACAUGUAGUCACACCCCAAGCAAGCAAGGCUGCGCCGCAAACUGUGCACGCUGUCGACAGUGCACCGUCCAGUCCGACGCUUACAGACGCUCCGCCGUCGCCGGCGGCGGAGGCACACGCACGCAAAAGCCCAGCCUCGUACAUGGAGGGAGAAGCGUACAGUGGAGUCGAGUUUGGCGAAUGGGGGCAGUACAUGCGCAACAAGCGCGCUAAGCUACGUGUGCAACAGGAUGCGAUUCGCGAGCGCCAUUGCGUAUCGGACGCAUUGCAGGGCUGCGUCAUUUAUAUCAACGGGCGCACGCAGCCGCCGUAUGCCGAGCUACGGCGUAUGAUUAUGGAGCAUGGCGGCCAGGUGCUGCCGUACCUGGACCAGAAAGGGCCAUGCACACAUAUCGUUGCAUCGUCGCUCACGCCGCGCAAAGUAGAAGCGUUUCGCAGGUACCGCGUGGUGCUGCCAAGCUGGAUUGUCGAGUGCUGCAGAGUACGAAAAAAGGUGGACUGGACACUGUGGCGAUGCCCAAGUAUGGACGUGCAAGGGCAUGCCCCGCUGUUUGAAAAGAGGGAGGAACAUGCGGCGAAGGCGGUGCAGCGGACGGCGUGGCGUGCACAGAGCGUUGAGAAUGAUAUGCGAAGUGUGCAGUUGGCGAUGGAGAAGGCCGAGCAUGAGAGCGAUGAUGUGCAGCAAAGCACGGAAUGUGAGCUGAACGAUGGAGCACACACCCCCGCUGCAUUUCAUCAACGCACAGCUAUUCCAAGCGAUGCACAGCACGAUGCAAGAAAACAGCUGUCAAGUUCGCCACCCCCUCUUCCCCCCGCCCAUUCUCCUUCCUCCGCUUACUAUACCGGUGCAGGGAACCAACAUGCCGCGUCCCUCAUGGCCAGUCCAUCGUGGCGUGCCGAGCACACGGCCGCCAACAGCGAGUUUCUAAACGGCUACUACGCCAGCAGCCGCCUGCACCACCUGAGCACCUGGAAAUCGAAUCUACAGGACCUUGUCGCUCAAGCCACCACGGAAUCGGCCCGGCCACCCAUGGAUGCACUUUUGCACGGCAUGGCGCGCGUCAUUAUGCAUGUGGAUUUCGAUAGUUUCUUUGUGAAUGUCAGCCUGCGGUCCCACUCGGAGCUGCGCACAAAGCCGGUCGCGGUAUGCCACGCACGUCAAGGCGACAGUGUAUCGAGCACGUCGGAAAUCGCGUCCUGCAAUUACAUUGCGCGCUCUUUCGGCGUGCGCAACGGCACGAGCCUCGGGCAUGCACGCAAAUUGUGUCCCGAUAUCCACACCCUGCCCUACAUGUUUGACGCGUACUACGAUACCUCACUCCGCUUUUACACGCUGCUUACGCGCGUAGCCGACGCACUCGAGGUCGCGAGUGUCGACGAGGCGCUCAUCGAUGUCAGCUGCCUGCUUGCCUCGCUGCAAAGCGGCGUAUGCAGCACCGAGCCAGCGCUGCACAGUGCGUACGAAAUGCAUCUGCCCACCUCGCCCACCGCCGCGCACGCCCUUGCCGAAGCACUCCGCGACAUGAUAUGCGAUGCGACGCAGUGCACUGCCAGUAUCGGCAUUGGCGCCAACGUUUUGCAGGCGCGCCUCGCUACGCGGCGAGCGAAGCCAAACGGCGCAUUCCAUCUCGAGGCACACGCGCUGGAGUCGUUUAUGGCGCCGCUGCAAGUGCGCGAUUUGUGGGGCGUGGGCUGGAGUCUCUGCGAUCGGUUUCAUUCCUGGCUUGGAACACGCAAGGUGGGCGAGAUUAUUGCACGCACAGACGAAGCCCAUCUGGUGCGUCAGUUUGGGCCGAAAAUGGGCAAAACACUGUGGGAUAAGCUGCACGCGCGCGAUACAAGCACGCUGCAAGCCGCGCGCGCGCGCGCAAGUGUCGGUGCACAUAUCAGCUGGGGCGUGCGUCUAAGCGAUACACCCCAACUCGUUGCUUUUGUCGAGCGUGUAUGCGCCGAAGUCGCACAGCGCGCUUCGCGACUCGAGCUGGUGGGAGCGCAACUUUCUGUCCAGGUCAUGCAGCGCGCAAAGGAUGCGCCGACAGAGGCGCCCAAGUUCCUUGGGCAUGGCCGAUGCACGACGCACCACCGCUCCAGCAAGCUCCAUCCGACGUGCGAGGCGCGUGCUUUGAUGCAUGCCGCAUGGCCGCUCGUGCAGAGCUUGCGUAUUCCGCCGCAGGACGUGCGUGGGCUUGCGGUUAGUUUGCAGCGCCUCCAGCCCAUGCUUCGACGUAUGGAGCAGCCGCGCUUGGCAUUUCCCGUGCUUCCUUCGGCAGAUGCUGCCCUGGAAGGGAGCGAAGCGAGUGCGUCAAGUCCUCCUUCUCCUUCUUUCCAUAUUCCCCCUGCCUCCCAGCUGGAUCUCGACACCGUUGCACAGUUGCCCCCCGCGAUGCGCGCGUGCAUCGAAGCCCGCAUCGAGCAGAACGUGAUGGGCGCAUCGGCGGCGCACUUUGCCGCCCAAGCGCCGCACGUACCCUCGGCAAGCUUAGAGGCUCAGGCUGCACCACUCGGGCUGGACGCCGAGGUGCUGGCACAGCUGCCGACGCCGCUGCGCCACGAAAUUCUGCACGCGGCUGCGCCGCAAACGCCGCACCGCACCGCGAAACGCCACGCUUCCUCCUCACCUCGCACGCCAGGAUUCGGCCAGAAAUGCAAGAAAAGUCCAGCGCGGCGCGCACACAGCGUCUCGCCCGCCAAGCACGCAACGCUCGCCGUGUCCCCACCCAAGAAUUCUGCAUUUCCAGCGCUACAUGCACUCGCAAUCGACCCGGACGUGUUUUACGCGCUUCCUGCGCAUGUACAGGCAGACGUGUACGCCGAGCACAUGGCCGCACACACGCACAAGACGAAACUGCGCAAAGAGAAGGCCAAGGCGCCCGAACGUACCGCGGCGCAGCGUCGGCGGCACGAAGCAGAGGCUGCUGUGCAAUACGAGGCCAAUAUCCGGCUCCGUGGCGCGCGGUUUCCAGACAGCGACCCGGUCGUGCAAGAGGCAAAGAAGUGCGUUGGGGAGAGUGUAGGGCGCGAUCCGCGCGCGUCGCUUGUUUCAGCACCGUCGACGCAUACGGGAAUGCUGCACCCAUACCUGCCACUGGCGACGUUUCGGGAUGCCGUGCGCGACUGGUACGCUACGUGCGGGCAUGCUGCACCGAACCCUGCAGAUGUGGCACGCUUUGAGUGCGUAUUGCUUGCGUGCGUGCGUGCACAGCCGCCGGCACUAGGCACCAUUUCUGGUAUGCUUGCGUGGCUUGCGUACCUUGUUGAGAACGGCGUGCCUGCAUGGAAGGAGGCGUAUGCGCGCGUCGAUAGUGCUGUGAAGGAGGCGGUCGUGGCGCAUGUACGUGGCCGGCUGGCAUGA